AUGCAGUGGGCCCGAAAGCAGUUCAAGAGCUUCUUGCCCUCGAAGCCUGAUGAGAAGGCCCGCCCGGCCAACGAGCCGCGGUCCAGCGAGCACCUCAAGGCGGAGGCGCAGCUGCUGCAGGGCCAACUGGACGCCUUAGUCGCUGGCCUCGAAGCCACCGCCGUCAAUGGCGUGUGGGUGCAGAGGUUCAUUGACCUGCACCAGCAGCAUAUGGAGAUUGGCUGCCGCUUGGAGGAUGGCACUGUGAACGUCAAUGCAGAAGUGAAGCGAUUGCAGACCGUCCUGGCGCAUCCCAAAGUCUUGGCGGCCCUGGACACGCCUGGCCUGUACAAGGGCAAGACCGGGCACAUAGGGCCGAGCCCCAAAAGCGCCGCCGUCAGCAGCCCGGUGCACCCGGCGCAGGUCUUCAACGUAGGUAUGGAUGAUGACAGCGAGGAGGAGGUCGUGGAUGCUAGCGGGGCACGGCACAGCGCUCCGCGCGGCUUCCGCGAGGCGGCGAUUGAUGAGCCGGAUGACCUCGAGCGCGCCUAUGCCUUCGACGACUUGCUGUCGCCAGGCGGGAUUCCAAAAGGUGAGGAAAGAGCGAUGCUGGCACAGAGCUCAGCCACGGCCGAGCAAAUGGCUCAGCAAGUUCGCUUGGCCAAAGAUGCCGCUGAAGCACAGUGCGCAAGGCAGGAAAGAAUCCAAAGAGAAGCAGAGGCUAUGGAGGCAGCUAAAGCCAAAAAGGAGGAGGAGGACCGCCUGGCCAAAGAGGCAGAAGAGGCUGCCAAGAAGGAAGAGGAGGAGCGCCUGGCCAAAGAGGCAGAAGCGGCGGCCACGAGGGAAGAGGAGGAGCGUCUGGCCAGAGAGGCAGAAGAGGCUGCCAAGAAGGAAGAGGAGGAGCGCCUGGCCAGAGAGGCAGAAGAGGCUGCCAAGAAGGAAGAGGAGGAGCGCUUGGCCACAGAGGCUGAAGAGGCUGCGAAGAAGGAAGAAGAGGAGCGCCUGGCCAGAGAGGCAGAAGAGGCUGCAAAGAAGGAAGAGGAGGAGCGCCUGGCCAGAGAGGCAGAAGAGGCGGCCAGGAGGGAAGAGGAGGAGCGCCUGGCCAAAGAGGCAGAAGAGGCUGCAAAGAAGGAAGAGGAGGAGCGCAUGGCCAAAGAGGCAGAAGAGGCGGCCAAGAAGGAAGAGGAGGAGCGCCUGGCCAAAGAGGCAGAAGAGGCUGCCAAGAAGGAAGAGGAGGAGCGAGAGGCAGAAGAGGCUGCAAAGAAGGAAGAAGAGGAGCGCCUGGCCAGAGAGGCAGAAGAGGCUGCCAAGAGGGAAGAGGAGGAGCGCCUGGUCAAAGAGGCAGAAGAGGCGGCCAGGAGGGAAGAGGAGGAGCGCCUGGCCAAAGAGGCAGAAGAGGCGGCCAAGAAGGAAGAGGAGGAGCGCCUGGCCAAAGACGCAGAAGAGGCUGCGAAGAAGGAAGAGGAGGAGCGCCUGGCCAAAGAGGCAGAAGAGGCGGCCAGGACGGAAGAGGAGGAGCGCCUGGCCAAAGAGGCAGAAGAGGCUAACAAGAAGGAAGAGGAGGAGCGCCUGGCCAGAGAGGCAGAAGAGGCUGCCAAGAAGGAAGAAAGGGAGAGUCUGGCCAAAGAGGCAGAAGAGGCGGCCAAGAAGGAAGAGGAGGAGCGCCUGGCCAAAGAGGCAGAAGAGGCUGCGAAGAAGGAAGAGGAGGAGCGCCUGGCCAAAGAGGCAGAAGAGGCUGCAAAGAAGAAAGAGGAGGAGCGCGUGGCCAAAGAGGCAGAAGAGGCGGCCAGGAGGGAAGAGGAGGAGCACCUGGCCAAAGAGGCAGAAGAGGCGGCCAGGAGGGAAGAGGAGGAGCGCCUGGCCAAAGAGGCAGAAGAGGCUGCCAAGAAGGAAGAGGAGGACCGCCUGGCCAAAGAGGCAGAAGAGGCUGCCAAGAAGGAAGAGGAGGACCGCCUGGCCAAAGAGGCAGAAGAGGCGGCCAGGACGGAAGAGGAGGAGCGCCUGGCCAGAGAGGCAGCAGAGGCCGCAAAGAAGGAAGAGGAGGAGCGCCUGGCCAGAGAGGCAGAAGAGGCUGCAAAGAAGGAAGAGGAGGAGCGCAUGGCCAAAGAGGCAGAAGAGGCGGCCAAGAAGGAAGAGGAGGAGCGCAUGGCCAAAGAGGCAGAAGAGGCGGCCAAGAAGGAAGAGGAGGAGCGCCUGGCCAAAGUGGCAGAAGAGGCUAACAAGAAGGAAGAGGAGGAGCGCCUGGCCAGAGAGGCAGAAGAGGCUGCCAAGAAGGAAGAGGAGGAGAAUCUGGCCAAAGAGGCAGAAGAGGCGGCCAAGAAGGAAGAGGAGGAGCGCCUGGCCAAAGAGGCUGAAGAGGCUGCGAAGAAGGAAGAGGAGGAGCGCGUGGCCAGAGAGGCAGAAGAGGCUGCCAAGAAGGAGCUCGAUUCGACUUGCUGGGGCCUAGUGCUGCGCAUGCUGCGCAUGGCAUCGAGGACGAUGACCUGCUUGGCGGGCCUAGCGUUUCAUCGCGGCAGCCGGACGCGCACCAGGACUUGCUGGGGCCUAGUGCUGCGCAUGCUGCGCAUGCUGCGCAUGCUGCGCAUGGCAUCGAGGACGAUGACCUGCUUGGCGGGCCUAGCGUUUCAUCGCGGCAGCCGGACGCGCACCAGGACUUGCUGGGGCCUAGUGCUGCGCAUGCUGCGCAUGCUGCGCAUGCUGCGCAUGGCAUCGAGGACGAUGACCUGCUUGGCGGGCCUAGCGUUUCAUCGCGGCAGCCGGACGCGCACCAGGACCUGUUGGGAGGCAGUCUUGCCAGCCGGCCCCCUGACGAGGACGACCUCCUUUGAGCUAUGCAGCGCCCGUGAUUUCGGCGCGCGUUCCGUCUACCGGGUUGCCGCAAGGCCAAGUAGUCAGGUUAGACUCCAGCAAGACUUCCGAGCUCCGAAGUGGAGGUCUGCCGCCGUGCCGUGA